CAAUCGCGAUCUUGGCGUGCAGGCAACAACCUCCGGGAAUCGCGCCCGCGUCUCUUACGCGCCAACGCGUCCCGUCGCGUGCUCAUCCACUAUCAUCAACGCAUUCACCCAUUGACGCGUUACGUUCAUUGCAACGCUUGUCUGCCCGCUCACGCAAUCAUAAACGUCCACUGAGCAGUUCACUGUUCCAUUCGCACGCGCAACUCCUACGCACAACAUGGAAGAUCCAACGCCCGUCGUGCCUGUCGUCCAGAAGCGUCCUCGCGAAGAGGACCCCGAGCUGCAGCCAUCUACACCAGUCAAGCCCAUAUCGUCUCAAGCGUCGACACCGUUGUCGGUUCUUUCCAAUGUCCAGACACCAUCGCCAGCCAAAUCGAGUGCUCCCACGACUAUUUCAUCCACACAAAAUGCACCUGGCGCAAGCAAUACAGAGCAAUCGGUCAAAAAGAAGCGGAAGGUCCUGACACAGAAAGAGAAGGAUGACGCAGUUCGCGAGAAAGAAGUCAAGACAAAGGCAAAGGCAGAAAAAGCAGCACAGAAGGAAGCCGAAGCUAAGCUCAAGGCCGACGAGAAAGCUCAGAAAGCUGCGCAGAAGGAGGCAGAGAGCAAAGCAAAGGCUGAAGAAAAGGCCAAGAAAGAGGAGGAGAAAGCGAAGAAAGAAGCUGAGAAGCGUGAAAAGGAAGAAGAGAAGGCGAAGAAAGAGCGGUCACAGAUGAAGCUUAAUGUCUUCUUCAUGAAGCCAAAAGUCACUGCCAGCAGUGCUAAACCUUCGGUGGUAGAUUCAAACCCUGACUCUACUGCCCCUACUCCUCUAUCAUUAUCAUUGGAUACCCCUGGAGUUGUUGUUAACACAAUGCCUCCCUCCCCACAGAAGUCCAUCCAUAAGAGUGCGCACUCAGAUUACGAACGCUGCUUCCUGCCUUUCUCAUUGCCAUCUACCGCGACCCUCGCGCCCGCAAACGCAUUCAUGCAGGAUAUCGAGAAGCUCAAUGCCGCCCGGGCUCGAUUGGAUCGGCUAUGCAAGGACGACAAGGCCGGUCUGUCACCUCUCACAGUACAUACCCUGAAGGUCUCGCUUCCAGCGCGUUCUCUGCGAGGUGUGAAAACUGUCACUAUAAAGGAGGUUGUCAAGCGUGUGCAUGGCUCGCCUGAUCGUCCCAUCGGUCUGACCAACGACGAUGAGACCAGCCGCCAACAGCCACUUGACAUGCUGAAGACGAUACCUAUGAAGUAUCUACACUUUAGUGAAGAUGUCCGCCCUCCCUACUACGGUACUUACACCAAGUCUUACUCGGCUGCGGCUGAGCGACGGCUCGCCUGCAAUUCUGUUUCUCGAAUCCGACAUGAUACCAACUAUGACUACGACUCAGAAGCCGAGUGGGAGGAGCCUGAGGAGGGCGAGGAUCUCGACUCUGAAGGAGACGACGAUCUCGAGGAUGAGGGAGAUGAUGAUUUGGACGGCUUCUUGGACGAUGAGGAGGACCCCCAGCUCAAACGUCGAAUGCUGUCAGGCGACUUGGAACCCGUCAGCACUGGCCUGUGCUGGGAGGAUAACAGUGGUGUCUCAAAGCUUAACGAUGGCUCUGGUGCUAUCUGCACGGACUUCAGGGACUUCAAGAUGGAGUUCUUACUUCAUCCAUAUCCGCAAUCCAUCGAUCCGUUCUCAACAGCGUACUGGGCGCCACCUGCACCCGUUAUUACUGCGACCACUGCCACAGCAAGUAAGAAAGCGUCUACCAAUGGUCUUAUGCAGCCUCCAGCGCGACUGCCGUUGGCGCAGCGGACCAUGAAUGGGAUGCUCAACACUCUCAACCCCAGCUCAGUGCCCUCUGCUAUUGCAACCAAGCCUACAGCACUAAAGAAGAUGGUUCCUGAUGAGCAGCUGCCUGCCUUCAAAGCUGAAAUCCAAGGCAAAGAUCUCACCAAAAUUGGUAUGAUAGAAGCUCUCAAGAAAGCCUUUCCCAAGCUCCCCAAGGCAGCCAUCACCAACACACUUAGCGUUGUUGCUGCGAGGGUUGGGCCUACCGAGAAGGAGAAGCGUUGGGUGCUGAUUAACAGUUGAGUGUCCCGCAUACCAUGGCAGGCCCUCCACACUGCUUCUUUCCUUCCACUGUAUCAUAUGGCUUCGCGGCAUGCCGAAGAGGCGCUAUCGUCGUGCCCAUGUUUUCAUUCUCCUUUAAAGUCAGAGUCUGCACAUCUCAGCGACCAGCAUAGCGAGAGGCGUUUCCAGGUUCUACAUUAUGUAAAGGAUAUCAACGCAUUUCAAAAUCACGGCGUUACUGUAAGAGGCAUUUCAGCUCUCAGCAACGCAGAGCCUCAUGUCGAGAGCAGGAUAUACAUAUGUAGCUACACCAGACCACAUUGAUACUACUACGAAUACAUCUAGGCCUAAUCCUGCGCUUGUUGUCAGACUUGACGCAUCUGCGUUAGUUUAGCCUAGACGCGAGCCACAACCCUGAGCCACGCGAGCCUUGGUCCCUAUC